CUUGCGUGUUAUCUUCAAUCAUUAUCAUUCACCAAUCAUUUAAAGAAGUACAAUAUAAAUAAUAAUGGAAAUUAAUUUAAAAGUUACAGCUGUAAAUGGUUCACAUGUACUGAAAAUAAGCCACCUGUGUUUCAGGUCAUUUGAAUGCAAGUUGAGUCUUUUUUUAAUUCAUCAACUUUUUUUUUUUUUUAAUUUAACAUAAACCCAUGUUGUAAAUCUCUCUCUCCUAGUUUUUGCUGCAGACCAUUUUUCCAGAUUUCUCUGGACUCCUCUCCCCAAAACGCAUCAUGCAGGCAUCCAUCCUCCCCGUUUCCUCUGCUGCUGUGGUACAGUCCCAGCUUUUCUCUAUGGUGCAGCUUCACCUGGAUGCUGCUAGAACAUCCCCUCUGUGGGUGAGGGAGGGGUAUCUGCACGAGUCUUAACUGCGUUGUUUUGGGAUUACAUCACUAAAUCGUCAGAGGGUGUCCAGAGUGAGCAGACAAGAAGAGCACUACCAGUCCUCUCUCACAGCUGUCAGUCUUUCAGCUGAAGGCUCCGCAAGAACUACGUUAUCAAGAAAGGAGACACCAGAGCCCCAUUGACUGUCUGGCAUUCAGAACAAGACUGCAGGACGACACACUGGCAUCAUGACACAGGGCAAGCUGUCACUUGCAAACAAGACCACCAACGGUUCUUGCAGUGGGGAAGCUUUAGUGCCACCAGCUCCUCCCAGCUAUGAGGAAGCCACUGCGGGCACCAGUGCUCCAUGCUACAAUGAUGUCGAGAUGCUCACAGAGUUCACCUGGGAUGAUCGCAACAUCAGGAGGGUCUUUAUCCGUAAGGUGUAUGCCAUCUUGAUGAUCCAGCUUUUGGUCACUCUCGCUAUUGUGGCUCUUUUCACAUUCUGUGACCCAGUGAAGGACUACAUUCAAACCAACCCUGGCUGGUACUGGGCCUCUUACGCUGUAUUCUUUGUGACAUAUCUGACCCUAUCUUGCUGCUCUGCACCAAGGAGACAGUUUCCAUGGAAUCUGAUUCUGCUUUGUGUCUUUACCCUCUCACUCUCCUACAUGACAGGGAUGUUGUCCAGCUUCUACAACACCAAGUCAGUGGUGAUGUGUCUGGGCAUCACAGCAGCAGUCUGUCUCCUGGUCACAGUCUUCAGCUUCCACACUAAGUUUGAUGUGACAUCAUACCAAGGCGUGCUCUUUGUCUUCUGCAUGGUCAUGUUCAUCUCUGGACUGGUGCUGGCGCUCGUCCUUCCUUUUCAAUACGUACCCUGGUUGGAUGCCACCUAUGCUGCAUUGGGAGCCAUAUUGUUUACAAUGUUUUUGGCAUUUGACACCCAGCUCCUCAUGGGGAACAAGCGUUACACCAUGAGUCCAGAAGAGUACGUCUUCGCCACGCUCAACAUCUACCUAGAUAUCAUCUACAUCUUCUCCUUCUUCCUCCAAAUCUUUGGAACAAAACAAGAGUAAACCAUCGCCCCACCUUUCUUAACUACAGACGAGGGAUGGGAGUUGAGGCAGACAUGAUAAGAGUCUUUUAAAAUUGUAGUGAUUGUGACAACAAUGCUUUCAAUUAUUUUUUUCUGCCUGAUACUGACAUGGCCACAAAUACAUUGUGAAUAUUUUGUACAGCUAUACAUGUACAUAGAUGUAUGUCAGCAUUGACAUCCAAAAUCAACAAGCUUUCCCUCUUCUCUAGCAUGCUGUGAACCCUAACCACGUUAUGGGAUUAGUUUAAUAGCUUUACCAGCGAGAAACCAUCCGUAAUCUUCCUCCAUGUAAUGUAGAUAAAAACAUGCUGUGAGUGUUUUACCUGAAGCUGGGUGUCUUUAUGUCAAUGCCUGCCUAGAUGUCACAAAUGCCCUGAAAACAACAGAUGUCAUUGCUCUUUAAGAGAUCUAUUAUACAUUCUGCAUGACUCUUAAAAAGCCCGAACUUUACCAAUAAUAGUCAUCCCAUCUUUGGGCUAUUGCUGUGGGUGUUUAUUUAGUGACUGAAAGCACAAAUUUAAUACAAAUGUGACUUUUCCUGUGUUUUCAAGCAUGUCCAAUGUUGUCUCAAUACUGUGAAUUACAACAAACCCCUUCAUUGUUUUUGAGGGGUAGGAACCUUUUUUUCCGUUUUCUUUUGAAUGACAAUCUGCAAAUAUUACUUCUUGGAUUCAGGAUGUUGCUUCUCAUUGCUACUUGUUGCUCAUCACUGCCUAGUUACUCGUAUUUAAUGUAAACUGUAUGUGUUGGUUUUAUUCCAUUUGACUCUGAGGCUUUCAACCAUUGCAUUCACAUAGUUGUAUUGUUUAUUAUUAAUAUAUUAUUUCUCUAAUAUGUGUGUUUGAACAUGAAAUGCUAACAUUGAUUAUUGGCAUUUUAGUUAGUGGUCUUAAUUUUAUUUAAACUUGAGUGGUUUGAAGUGGUGACACAUGGUAAUUGAAUAUAAACAUGACAGUGCCAAACAUGCAUGGAUUUACUCUAACUUUUGAUAAGGCCUGUGUUUGUGGAAGGGCUUGAAUGCUAUAUUUCAUGACAUCUGAAGUUUAUUUUUUUAUGACAGAAUGAUAUAUUUCGGAAAGUGUGUUAUUUAAAAUGGUGAGUUUGAAGCUCGUAGUUAAUUCACAAGUCGUCUAAAGAGGCCUUGGAUUACCUUUAGUUGAUGACAUUGAUGCAGAAUAUUGUUUUUAGAGCUUUUCAGUGGAGCAUUGGUGUUACUGUAUUGAUUGAUUAAAGGGUGAAUGUGUAUGAAUGGACUCACUGGGUCUCUCUGAUUUAAUAAAUAAUGAUAUCCUUU